AUGCUCGACUCCACCUCAUUUUUUGCGUUUAUUCUAGGUUUUCUUAUCCUGGCAUUAACGAUGAAGCGUAAGGAGACGAAGAAAACCGUGUUAGUAACUUCCUACACAAGAAGCCUUCCUCUCCCUCCCGGACCAAAGCCUUGGCCUUUAAUCGGAAACCUACUACCGGAAAUAUUAAGGAGGAACAAACCGGUGUUCCGGUGGAUACAUUCACACAUGGAAGAACUCAACACCGAUAUUGCAUGUAUCCGUCUCGCCAAUACUCACGUGAUCCCCGUGACAUCCCCUCGGAUUGCACAGGAGAUUCUGAAGAAGCAAGACUCUAUUUUCGCCAGCAGACCGCUAACAGUGGGCACGGAGUAUUGCAGCCGUCAGUACUUGACCGUUGCGGUGGUGCCACAAGGUGAGCAGUGGAAGAAGAUGAGGAGAGUUGUGGCAUCUCACGUGACGAGUCAGAAAAGCUUCAAACUGAUGCUCAAAAAGAGAGCCGAAGAGGCUGAUAACCUAGUUCGGUAUUAUAUCAAUAACAUGUGUGUCAAAAACAGCGGUAAUGGUUUUGAGGUUAUUGAUACAAGGUUUGUGGUGCGGCAAUACAGCGGAAAUGUAGCUCGGAAGAUGAUGUUUGGUGUUAGGCAUUUUGGCAAAGGAAGUGAAGAUGGAUAUGGCCCAGGGUUCGAAGAGAUUGAACAUGUUGAUUCUUUGUUUACGGUUUUAACCCAUCUUUACGCAUUUGCUUUGUCGGAUUAUGUCCCGUGGCUAAGGUUCUUGGACUUGGAAGGCUAUGAGAAGGUUGUGAGCAGCGCAAUGAGAAAUAUAAGUAAGUAUAAUGAUCCUUUUGUCGAUGAAAGACUCAUGCAAUGGCGUGACGGGAAGAUGAAAGAGCCUCAAGAUUUCCUCGACAUGUUUAUAUUGGCAAAAGACGCUGACGGGAAACCUGCACUGUCAGAAGAAGAGAUCAAAGCACAAGUGACGGAGCUAAUGUUGGCGACGGUGGAUAACCCAUCAAAUGCGGCGGAGUGGGCCAUGGCAGAGAUGAUUAACGAGCCGAGCAUCAUGCAAAAAGCUGUAGAAGAGAUCGAUAGGGUAGUUGGAAAAGACCGUUUUGUCCUUGAAUCCGACCUCCAAAAACUCAAUUACGUGAAGGCUUGUGUGAAAGAGGCGUUCCGGUUACAUCCCGUGGCGCCGUUCAACCUCCCUCACAUGUCGACGGCUGACGCAGUGGUAGACGGUUACUUCAUCCCCAAGGGAAGCCACGUAUUAAUUAGUCGUAUGGGGAUCGGAAGAAACCCUAACGUGUGGGACAAGCCGCUUAAGUUCAACCCUGAGAGACAUUUGGGCAAUAACAAAAACGUGGACCUGAACGAUCAAGAUCUCAAUCUAAUAUCGUUCAGCGCGGGACGAAGAGGCUGUUUGGGUUCGAGCAUUGGGUCUGCCAUGACGUACAUGUUGCUGGCUCGGUUGAUUCAAGGGUUCACGUGGUCACCAGUGCCUGGUGAGUGUAAAAUCGACAUUUCGGAAAGCAAGAGUGAUAUUUUCAUGGCAAAACCUUUACACGCGAUUGCAUCACCACAUCUGGUUCCACAAGUUUACCCAACCUAA